ACUGUGUAGCCUAUUUCUGAGGCAACAACGUCAACAACAACAACGGAGCUGGUUGUAUGCGUGUGUAUCAAAAAUAUCUGUCGUCGUGCUGUCACGCUGCACUGUGUUAUCAUGAAUCCCAACGAACUAGCCCGCCAACGUGCCCUAGCCAGACAGCAGCAUAAUUGCGCCCCAGUGACAAGUAAUCGAAGCCGCGUAGUCUGUCUUAAGGUAUCUCUCAAAAACAAAUGCGGUGACAUAAGAUCUAACUGCAUUAAAACAAGAAACUGUACACCACUGCUGCCCAUUUACCGCCUGCUAAAAUUCUUUUUGAAGGUUAACAGAUUCCCACGUGGCAAGGUGCUCGGUGGCUCGAGUUCAAUCAACCACAUGAUCUAUGCUCGAGGAAAUCGAAAAGACUUUGAUAGAUGGGCCUCUGAAUAUGGCGCGGAAGGCUGGUCAUACGACGAUGUGCUGCCUGACUUCAUCAGCAUUGAAACGUCAUACCUGGGCAUCAACAAUGGCUACCAUGGCGAUAGAGGGGAAGUCCCUGUCACUUUCCCUAGUUCGCAUACGAAAGCUAGCGACUUAUUUUUGGAGGCUGGCCGGGAACUUGGUUACAACAACGACGACUAUAAUGGGCCGAACCAGACAAGCUUUUCACGAGUACAAAACAACAUUAAGAAUGGAGAGCGCUGGAGUUCUAGUAAAUCUUUUAUUACAAACGACGUCCGCAGAAGAAAGAAUUUCGACGUCGCUCUUUAUUCCCAUGUGACAAAGGUUCUUUUUGAAGGCGCAACUGCUGUAGGAGUGGAGUACAAGCGCUACCUCGGAAAACACACCGUUCGGGCAAAGAAAGAAGUAAUUCUUUGCGCUGGAGCCAUAGCCUCUCCGCAGCUACUGAUGCUUUCAGGCAUAGGACCUCGAGAACAUCUCGAGUCUCUUGGGAUCAACCUAAUAGCAGACCUUCCUGUGGGCGAAAAUCUAUUCGAUCACCUCACCGUUAACGGAAUAGCCGCAACGACUCAAGAGAACAUCGAAAUCAACUACUAUUUACCUUCUACAGUUCCACUUUAUUCACUGUCCAGAACAGGACCACUUAUUCAUGCUUUUGGAGUCGAAGGUGUUGCCUUCUUAAGUACACCAAACGCCGAUCCCACGCUUCCGAACAUUCAAUUUCUCUUCGUGACGCUGAACCCCACUACUCCUGAAGCAGGAUACAUAGCCAGUCUAAUCGGAAUAUCGGAGAUUUAUGAAAAUUAUUACAAACUGAAGCAAGGUCAAAAUGUAUUAAUGAUUGUGCCAAUACUUUUGCGACCAAGAUCAUCCGGUUACAUUCGGCUGAAAAGCACUGAUCCUGAAGAAUAUCCCAUCAUUGACCCUCGAUUUCUUACAAAUAUAACAGACCUUGACACACUAGUAGAAGGCGCCAAGAUUGCCGUGCAGACAUUGAAGACUCAAGCUAUGAAAAAUGGCAACGUGACCAUUUGGGACGUUGCCCUGCCAGCGUGCGAGUCGGCAGGACCGUUGUGGAGCGACUCGUACCUGCGUUGCUUUGUGCAGCACACUUCACUCAGCGGUUGGCACCCUUGCUGCACUGCGCCCAUGGGGACGCAUCCGCAGGCCGUGCUAGAUGCCAGACUAAGGGUCCUUGGCGGCGUUAAAAAACUGCGGGUUGUGGAUGCCUCAUCGAUGCCUGACCUUCCGGCGGGAAACCUUAAUGCACCCCUUAUGAUGAUGGGACACCGAGCAGCCGCCAUGAUUAUUGAAGACAACUCGGUUCAAGAGUAAAAACAAGUAAAACAGUCUCAUGAUCAAGAAUCGAUAUGCUGCAUUUAAAUAAAAGCUCAUGUCACGACCUACAGUGGGUGUCCAGAUAUGCUGCGACCCAGAAGUGCGCCCCUCGAGGCGCAUUAGACCGCCGUUACAACCAUUAUACAGCACUUUUCGACGAUGAGGGGGUUCAACUUUUCAACCUCUCCGCAAAUAGCAAAUUAUAAUCCAUGCAAAAUUGUAUGACAAUCGCUUGUAAGGGCCCAUUCAAGCGUCCCCCAUUCCUGAAGGAAUGUUACGUAGCUAAGCGAUAUUGCGUAGUGUGCUUCCUC